UCCAAUCUGGGGAUUCUGAGUGAUUUCGAUGGACAAAUAUUUAGUGUCUCUGAAACCCCCAAAGCAGAACCCUAAACCGAGUCGGAGUAAGAGGCAAGAAUGGGACCGGAGCCUAAUCGAAUUGAACGGAAGGUUUGACCGCAAGUACCGCCAUUCGCUCUCCGCUCUGCUCAUUCAAUCCUUUUCUCAGGUUGGGGCAUUUCAUCAUUUGUAUGACAUCGAUGGCGUACCUUGUCAGACCCAUAUAAAUCGAAUUACUAAUGGCGGGUAUAUUCACGGCCAACCGCCCUUUAGAAAGGAGGGAAUUUCUGCACUGGACUUUGAUAGCAAGGGAAUAUACCUGGUAUCUGCGACAAAAUCCGGGUGCUUAACAGUUCAUGAUUUUGAGACUCUCUAUUGUGAGAGUAGUAAAUCGUCGACAUGCUUGGAGAACACGGCGACUAAACUUGUCCUGCACCUUUCGAAACAUCAACAGCUUGACUUCGUCAGAUGGAAUCUUGCCAACCAAGAGGAGGUUGUUUGCAGUUCUAUGAAAAGUAAUGAGUUACUCAUAUUUGACGUUGGUUACAUCUCUUCUGAACCAUCCCAAGUAUUAAGAACAAGACUUUCUGCCUCUCUCCAUGGCUCAAACAUUCAUAAAGGUCUCUCGGAUAUAGCUUCCACUCCCAUUGAUGAUUCAAGGUUAUUUGCGUCUGAUACGCAUGGCGUAGUCAAUGUAUGGGACAGAAGAAUGAGUUCACUUCCAUGUCUUGAACUUACUACUAACUCUCGCAUUGCCCUUAAUAGUAUUCAGUUAAACGUGGAAAACCAGAUCAUUUUUGGGGCCAAUAAAGACGGGGUUCUUUACAUGUGGGAUCUUCGUGGAGGAAAAGCAUCUGCUGCUUUUCACAGUCAUAAAGAAAUUUCUCAUUCAACCCUCAUGUCAUUGAAGUUAGCAUCAGCGAUAGAGAAAAUUGAACCUCUGAAGGCACAAUCAGAUAUAAUCGCAAAGGAAAUACACUCCAUUGAUCUUGAUCCAUCUUGCCCAUACCAACUAGCAUUUCACCUCAAUGAUGGUUGGUCUGGUGUUUUGGAUACAUAUACAUUUCAUGUUACACAUAUACAUUGCCCUCCGCCAGCUUGGUUAAAUGAACCAAAUUAUGCUGAUCCAUUGUGUUUGCGGAAACCAUCUUGGUUACCAACAAAUUCUAUCUAUGUAGUUGGAUCAGCGUCUGACAAAGGUGUUCAUCUAUUAGAUUUCUAUCCAGAUCCCAGUUCUCCCAGCCAUGUGGACUUCAACUGCAGGGAUGAUGUAGAAACUUCAUCUGGGGUCAAGAAUCAAAAUAAGGAAAACUGCUUUGUUCCACUGUCCGAAGCAGUUACCGCAUGUGCGGUUCAUCCUCUCUAUGGUACCAUCAUAGCUGGAACAAAGCAUUCAUCUUUGCUCAUGAUUUCCCAAAGACGCCAGUCAUGUUGAAGUGAAGAUUAUUACUUGAGCAAUGAUCAAUUGCAGAUGCCGGCAAGUCCUACAUUCUCGCUAUCGUAGAUUAUUCGGGGUUCCGAUCCAUCAUUUAACUCAUGAUGGGUUAAACUUCUGUUUGGAAUCUACAUUCAUCAGGUUGGGGUGGUGAUAAUCACGUUAAAAGUCGGCAAUGCAGUUGGGCCGAGUUCUAUAUAUGCCAUUGGCUUUACAGAGCACACAAACAUGUAUACAAAAACUGUAGAAGCUGUUGGCGUUAUUUCCAUGAAAUUAGAUUACAGUUGCAACCAAACCAAUGAAGAAUGUAGAAUUUCUUGCUCAUUUUAUGAAUUAUAGGCUGUCAGCAUUGGAGAUAAAUUUAAGCUUCUCCAGCUCAGUGCAGAAAGGUGCGUAGAAGGUGACGUCACCUUGUA